AUGAAUGACCUUACGCUGCUCGAGAGGAAUCUAUUCAUCAGAAUCUGGAGCGAGAAUGUAGAUUUCCACUCAGCCGAUAGAAUGGCGGCCGAGAUGACAAAAAGAGCUGCGGCCGAGGGUAGCGGGCUUGAUGACGGGAGGAUUUAUAAACCGAGGCGAAUGAAAUCGAUAAUCAAAACUUACAUGAAGAGUGAAGAGAGAUUGUCUGAUGAGGAGGAGAGAGGAAUAAUUGAGCAAGAGGCCCAGGAGGAAGAGGCGAAGGAGGAGGAGGCGAAGGAGGAGGAGGCGAAGGAGGAGGAGGCCAAGGAGGAGGAGGCCAAGGAGGAGAAGGCGAAGGAGGACGAGGAAAGUAAGACAGCGCAGGAUGAAAGAAAGAAAAAGGGGAAAGAAGAGGAAGAGAAAAAGUAA